CAGCUCCCAAAGGAAGGGCUACGAAUGUCAUUAAAAUGCAGGCUUAGAAGAAUGGCAGCAGCACAAGUUCAGCCUUAGCAACCCUGAGGGGGCCCUAGAAGCAUUUGGAAACCCAGACUCGCCCAACGUGGCCUGUUUAUUGUUCCUGGGCUAGACAUGCCAUUAUUUCCUAAAUGGUUCUGCCAUAGAAACACGGAGAAAGUGUCUUGAACUGCAAAAAAAAAAAAACCGUUGUUUCCGUGGAAGGGACAUCAUCCUGCAGCACCACAUUUGGUGAUAGUUUUCCUUUUCUUUUUAAAUAAAAUUUUAUUAAGUGAAUUAGUGACAGACAAAAUGUGAGAAAGAAAAACACUGAGAGUUAAUAGAAUACACAUGACACACCCAUGACUUCCAGCAUGAACUAAUGUCUUCAAAAAAGAAAAGAAAGGAAACCCUACCUUGAUCCUACAUUAUACCUACAUUAUACAUUCAUUCCCCUUGUGACUACUUUGAAAUUUCUUUCUGUCUUCUUUUCUAGAUGUCCAGAUGCAAGCCUCCACUUCUCAACAAAGUCUUCAUUGCUUCCUCCUUGGGUGCCAUUGCCAUUUGGAUAUAUUCUAAUCAUUUUUCUCUCCAGUCCUUUAGCAAUAGCUGUUUCAGUCCUUUCCAAGCUUUGUCUAUUGUUAUUCUCACUGCCACAAAGCUGUAUUGACAGAGGAGCAUCUGUUGGGAAGGUCUGGAUGCUGCAUUCCUGCACAAAGGGGGUCCAGCUGGAUGGCCUUUUGGGGUUCCCUUCCAUAGGAUCCUAUGGAGCCGAGGAGCCCAUUGCCACAGUUUGUCUGGAAUGGAUGGGAUUGGUUAGGGUGUUUUUAUAUUUUUGUGAAUAGAUAUUUUCUUAUAAAUAUUUCUUCCUACCAAGAGAUUUGCAUCGCAAUGCAAUGAAAUUGCAAAAUUGCAAAGCAAUUCAAGACGUGGGAGGCAUCCAAACACUCUCACUCACAAUACAAUAAUAUGCAUACGGCCCAAUACAAGACAAUAAGAAAGGAAGGGGGGGUCUGUAUCUUUCCACCCCAACUUUUCCAUGCCUUUGCAAAGACACCCCCUCCUUAAAAUGCAACCCUAUCCUUCCUUGCAAAGGAUGGACCUGGGCCUCCCUCCUCCUCUCUCUUCCUCCUGACGCUGAAAGCAACACACUUUCUUCCUGUUUAAGGAGCUCCACUGGCUGCCGCUUGUUUUCCGGACCCAAUUCAAAGUGCUGGUUUGGGACCCAUCUACCUUCGGGAUCGUCUCUCCCCCUAUGAACCUGUACGGUCUCUUUGGUCAUCGGGGGAGGCCCUCCUCUCGCUCCCCCCAGCAUCGCAAGCACGGUUGGUGGGGACGAGGGACAGGGCCUUCUCUGUCGUGGCCCCCAUCCCGGUUAUGGAAUUCGCUGCCUAGGGAGAUCAGGCAAGCCCCCACCUUGAUGGCAUUUCGGAAGAGUCUGAAAACUUGGCUUUUCACUCAGGCCUUUGGUUAAGAUCAUCUUUUUUCCAUCACAAUUAUUAUCCUCCUCGACCUUUUGCACUGGUCGCUCUUCCCGAUUCCUGAUUGAUUGAGAUUACUCAGGACUCCUCCCUACCGUACCUAAUGUGACCUUAAAUGAUUUUAAUGCACUUUAUCUAUUUAUGAAUUUGUUACCCAUAAUGUGCACCGUACACUUUGCUUAUCCACUAUUGCAACCUCAUUGUUUUUAACCUGAUGUUUUAAUUCUGCGUUGUGUUUUUAACUAAUUGUGUAUAUUUUUUAUUGGUUUUGUUUUUGUCCUGAUGUUUUAUAUUUUAUCAUUGUUUGUAUUUUGAUUUUGCUGUAAGCCGCCCUGAGUCCCCUUCGGGGGAGAUGGAGGCGGGAUACAAAUAAAAUUAUUAUUAUUAUUCACGGCCGCAGCGGCCUGUCAAGCCCUCCCUCUCGGCCUCUCCUCUCCUCCCCUCCCUUCGGAGCCCGCCUUCCCUCUCCCAUUGGCUGCGCCCGCGAAGCUACGCCCACUGGAGGCCCCCAUUGGCGGCCUGACGCUCUGCAGUUUGGAUGGAUGGAUGGAUGGGUGGCCAGAAGGCCUGCCUGCCUGCCUGCCUUCCUCCAGUCCCUUUCCCAAGAAGCUCCUCUCCCCCCCCCCCCCCCCCCCCGCCUUCGCUGACCCCUUGCCCUCCCACUGACCCCCAAUUCCGGGCCCAGCAAAGCGCAGCUGAAGGGAAGGAAAGAAGCCCCCCCCCGCCUCCCCCAGCACCGCCGCAAGUGCCGCCCGCCCGCCCUCCCAGGCUUUCAUGGCCGGAAUCACUGGGUUGCUGUGAGUUUUCCGGGCUGCAUGGCCAUGUUCCAGAAGCAGUCCCUUCUGACGUUUCACCCACAUCUCUGGCAGGCAUCCUCAGAGGUGGUGAGGUCUGAUGGAAACUAGGCAAGUGGGGUUUGUAUAUAUACCUGUGGAAUGAUGACCAGGGUAGCCCCCAGAUGGCGUAGUGGACUAAGUGACUGGAAGGUUGGGUUGCUGACGUGAAAGCUGCCAGGUUCGAAUCCCACCCGGGGAGAGCGCGGAUGAGCUCCCUCUAUCAGCUCCAGCUCUAUGCGGGGACAUGAGAGAAGCCACCCACAAGGAUGGUAAAAAACAUCAAAACAUCCGGGCAUCCCCUGGGCAACGUCCUUGCAGACGGCCGAUUCUCUCACUCCAGAAGCAACUCCGGUUGCUCCUGACACGAAAAAAUAAAUUGACCAGGGUGGGAGAAAGAAAGAAAACUCUUUGUCUAUUGGAGGCAGCUUGAUAAAUAUGGAGAAGCCUUGCAGCUUGCAAAGCCUGGCUUCUUCCUGCCUGGGGGAAUCCUUUGUUGGGAGGCGUUAGCAGGCCCUGACUGAAUUCUUCUGCGUUCUGAGUGGUGUUUUUUAUUUACUAUCCUAGGAGCCCCCGGUGGCAUAGUGGGUUAAAGCCUUGUGACUUGAAGUUUGGGUUGCUGACCUGAAGGCUGCCAGGUUCGAAUCCAACCCGGGGACAGCACGGAUGAGCUCCCUCUCUCAGCUCCAGCUCCAUGCGGGGACAUGAGAGAAGACUCCCACAAGGAUGGAACAUAAGGAUUCCAUGGAGAUAUCUGUGGCAGGAUGAGAAACAAAAUGUCCCAUCAAGAAAAGAGUCUUAUACAAAGAAGAGAUCCUUUCAAGGUGCCAUUCUUGCUGAAUUGACAUUGGAUCAGAAAGGGUAAAAGAAGACUGAAGAAUCCAUAUUGUAGCUAAACAUACAUAUCACUGUCAACAUGCAGGAGAAACCCUAUACAUGCCUGGAAUUUGGGAAGAGCUUCACUGAAAGUGUAGGUUUAUAUUUACAUCAGAGAACUCACACUGGGGAGAAACACUAUACAUGCCUGGAGUGUGGAAAGAGCUUCAUUCGGCAUUGGAGUCUACAGUCUCACCACAGAACCCACACUGGGGAGAGGCCCUACAAAUGCAAGGACUGUGGAAAAAGCUUCACUGAGAGUGGAAAUCUACACAAACAUACUAGAACCCACACUGGAGAGAAACCCUAUGAAUGCCUGGAGUGUGGAAAAAGUUUCACUCGGAGGGAUCAUCUGCAGGAACAUGUAAGGACUCACACUGGGGAGAAACCCUAUGAAUGCCUGGAGUGCGGAAAGAGUUUCUCUCGGAGGGAUCAUGUGCAACAACAUGAAAGGACUCACACUGGGGAGAAACCCUAUAAAUGCCUGGAGUGUGGAGUUCGUUUCACUCGGAGGGAUCAUCUGCAGCAACAUGAACGGUCUCACACUGGAGAGAAACUCUAUGAAUGCCUGGAGUGCGGAAAGAGCUUCACUCGGAGGGAUUCUCUGCAGCAACAUGAAAGGACUCACAUCGGGGAGAAGCCCUAUGAAUGCCCCGAAUGUGGAAAGAGUUUCAUUCGGCAUGGGAGUCUGCAGUCUCACCACAGAACCCACACUGGGGAGAAACCCUAUAAAUGCCUAGAGUGUGGAAAGAGCUUCAAUCAGCAUGGGAGUCUACAGUCCCAUCACAAAAUCCACACUGGGGAGAAACCCUACACAUGCCCAGAGUGUGGGAAAAGCUUUACUCAGAGUGGAGGUUUACGUUUGCAUCAACGAACUCAUACUGGGGAGAAACCCUAUACAUGCCUGAAGUGUGGGAAAAGCUUCACUCGGGGAGAUUCUCUGCAGCAACAUGAAAGGACUCACACUGGGGAGAAACCUUAUGGAUGCACGGAGUGUGGAAAGAGCUUCACUGGCACUGGAAGUCUAUGUUUACAUCAAAUAACACACACUGUGGAGGAACCCUAUACAUGUUUGGAGUGAGGAAAGAGCUUCAUUCGGCAUGAGAAUCUGCGGCCUCAGCACAAAACUCACACUGGGGAGAAACCUUAUAAAUGCCUGGAGUGUGGAAAGAGCUUCACUCGGAAUGGAAGCCUACAUUUACAUCAAAGGGCUCAUACUGCAGAGAAUUCUAGUAAAUUGAUGCCAGAGAGACUCUCUGACAUACGAAUGCAGCUCUACCAAAUGUAAAUGACAGAACUACGUUGGGACAUAGUAUCAUAUUGUGGUGAUCUUGCAGAAAAGCCCUGAAAUAUUAGGCUCGAAUAUGUAGAAUGAUGGGAGAAAAGGUUAAGGCUAAAUUCACAAUGGGGACCAGAGUUUUAUUUGUUAUGAAUGCUGGACAACAAUCUAGAAACAAAAUUUGGAAGGGUUGUUGUAUGUCUUUCGGGCUGUGUGGCCAUGUUCCAGAAGUAUUAUCUCCUGACGUUUACUUCUGGAACAUGGCCACACAGCCCGAAAGACAUACAACAACCCUGUGAUCCUGGCCAUGAAAGCCUUUGACAACACACAAAAUUUGGAAGGUUUUUCAGGUAUGUGACAACUUCAGCAAAAGAUAUUUAUGGUCAAAGAUGGAAGAAAACAGUUAUCCCAAUGCAAGAGGAAUGGGUGCCAAAGAAAUGAAAAUUUGCAGAGAUUUACAAAUUAAAUCUGAUCAAGAGACAUCUUUGAUCAAUUUUAAGACUUGUUCUAUGAUUUUGACCACAGUAAUAGAAGUCAGUUGUAAUAAUAAUAAUAAUAUGAAUAGAAAUGUCAGUUGUAAUAAUAAUAAUAAUAAUAAUAAUAAUAAUAAUAAUAAUAACUUUAUUUUUAUAUGCCGCCUCCAUCUCCCUGACGGGGACUCGGAGCGGCUCACAUGGGGCCAAGCCCAGCAAAUUGCAUAACAUCAUAAAAUCAACAGUUAAGACAACAAGCAUCACAUUAAAAAACGAAUUAAACAGAUCAUAGUUUAAAUAAACAUAAUUUGAAGCAAAAAUAUUAAAAAAUCAUCGAAGGCAUUAAAAGUGCAGUAUAGGACAACAGUAUGGGCGACAAUUCAAGUUGUAGAAAUUAUGAAUUAGAGGACUACUACUAAAAGUAGAAUUGUACUCAUAUAGUAUUGUCCAUAAGGGAUAAAGCCAACAGAUCAUGAGUGUGAAGUCUGUAGAAUUGUACUUAUGCCUGUUUGCUCAUUUCUUUGUCUAGUUGUUGUGUGUCUAUGUAGAUGCGUGUUUCAUUGAGGAGGGUCAAAAUUGUUGUCAGGAGGGUCAAAAUUGUUGUCAGUUAGAACUCUGGAUUUAGACCACAAUGGGGCUUGAUGCCUAAUCUAAGAUCUCUUUGGCUCCGGUGAUGCAAUGGGUUAAACCCUUGUGCUGCUGAACUGCUGAUCUGAAGCUUGGCAGUCUGAAUCUGCAAGAUGGGGUGAGCUUCUGUCUGUCAGCCCUAGUUCCUGUCAACCUAGCAGUUCAAAAACAUGCAAGUGUGAGUAGAUAAAUAGGUACCGCUUUAGCGGGAAAAGGCAAGGAGACGCACCAAGCGAUCUUGCCGGCCACAUGACCAGGAGGUGACAACAUAGACUCCUCGGCUUGAAAAUGGAGAAAAGCACCUUCCAGAGCCAGAGAUGAACAGCGCAUCCAGAAGCCGGAAAUGAAAGGAGAGGCCUCUGCCUUUGUUUGUGUUUGUAUGUCUCAUGUGAUUGUAAAGAUAUUGAAUGUUUGCCUAUGUAUGUAAAUGCUGCAAUCCGCUCUGAGUCCCCUGGGGAGGAGGACGGAAUAUAAAUAAAGUGUAUUAUUAUUAUUA